GCGGCCGUGCGAGACGCGCGCGCGAGUUGGUUCACUCCGGAACGCGAGCAGGCGAGAUGUAGUCGAACGGGGGUGGCAUAUCGCAGCGCGCGGGGCCUACCCCGUGUACAAGGCCCCGUGUCGUGCCGCACGUCUCGUGGCGUUUAUCUUGUCGCUCUCUCCCGCUUUCUCUAGCUAUUUCUCUCUCACACACACACCACUCUCUCUCCCCCUCUAUCGUCUCCCUCUCUCUCUCUCUCUCUUUAGUAUCCUGUAUCUCUUUUUACCUUGUAUCGGUGUUCGAUUGAUCAUUAAAUGAUGCACAGCUGCACGUCGCUCUUGCGAUCUCGUCUCGCCGCGCGAAAACAUUCGGCGCAGGGGUGCGAAGAAGGGCACCCCGGCAUCCGGCGAACGACGAGAGCUACGUUCGACAGCUACGUUGGCGCGAUCGCGCCGUAGUCCGAUCGCGUUGUCACCCUCGCGAUCGCUGUUCGCGACGUUGCGCGUUUAUUGUUAUGUCGUUGUUAUUAUUACCGGUAGAGCACGAUCGUUCUUAUCGCCGUUCUGCGUCGUGCGCGUACGUGCACACGCAGCUAACGGCGUCGGGAUGUUGCGCACUCUUGUUUACGCUCGGUGAGACGCCACGGCGGAGCUCACGCUGAACGAUCAUCCUGCUGAGCCCUCCAGAGAGAAAAUGGUCGCAGAAAAGUACACUCAUGCUGAUCCUGAGCUGAAGAAGGAAUUGAACACGAUCGCCCAGCAGAUCGUGGCACCGGGCAGGGGCAUCCUCGCCGCCGACGAGUCGACCGCGACGAUAGGCAAGCGUUUUCAGGACAUCAACGUCGAGAACAAUGAGGACAACCGCAGGAUCUACAGACAGCUGCUUUUCACCACAGCGAAGGACGUCAUCGGGCAACACAUCUCCGGAGUCAUCCUCUUUCACGAGACUCUCUACCAGAAGGCCGAAGACGGCACGCCGUUCGUCGAGCUUCUGAAGCAGCGCAACAUCAUCCCCGGCAUCAAGGUCGACAAGGGCGUCGUACCGCUUUUCGGCACGAACAACGAAUGCACAACUCAGGGCCUCGACGACCUGCAGGCGCGCUGCAUCCAGUACAAGAAGGACGGCUGCCACUUCGCCAAAUGGCGAUGCGUGCUGAAGAUCACCAAGGACACGCCGAGCAAGCUCGCGAUCCUAGAGAACGCCAAUGUGCUGGCGCGCUACGCCUCCAUCUGCCAGAGCGCCAGGAUCGUGCCGAUUGUAGAGCCUGAGAUCCUGCCCGACGGUGACCACGAUCUCGCCCGUUGCCAGCAGGUGACGGAGGAGGUCCUGGCGGCCGUUUACAAGGCGCUCUCAGACCACCACGUGUACCUCGAGGGCACGCUGCUGAAGCCCAACAUGGUGACGCCAGGCCAGAGCUGUCCGACGAGGGCGACUCCGCAGGAGAUCGCAGCGGCGACAGUCACCGCGCUGAUGCGUACCGUGCCACCGGCGGUGCCUGGCAUCACCUUCCUCAGCGGCGGCCAGUCUGAGGAGGAGGCGUCGGUCAACCUGGAUGCCAUCAACAAGCACCCGGCGAAGAAACCCUGGGCGCUCACCUUCAGCUACGGACGCGCCCUUCAGGCUUCCGUACUUCGCGCUUGGGCCGGAAAAGCCGACCAGAUCGCCGCAGGUCAGGACGAACUGAUCAAGAGGGCCAAGGCAAACGCCGCAGCCUGUCAAGGCAAAUACGUCGCCGGCAGUAUUUCUAGCAAAGCCGCUGGCGCCUCUCUCUACGUCAAAUCUCACGCCUACUAAAACCAAAAACAAAAAUAUAUCUUGCCUUUCCACGCAGUCCGUUUCUCCCGUGGCAGCUAACAGCGAAUCGGCGCUUGGCAAGUACGCGGGCGGCGUCGCCGGCGCCGCGGGAGACGCGGCGCUCUUCGUCGCCAACCACGCGUAUUAGGUCGACCAAUAGAGAGAUUACGAUGCAAGAGAGUACCGUGUUAGACGCGAGAUUAAGUCACCUAACGUUGCUGGAAGUACCUCGCAGGAUCAUCAUCGCCAUCGUUCUCCAUCGUAGCCGCGCGAAAGAGGAGGAAUUCCAUCACGGAGAGAUCCAGGACGAUCCAGGACGCGCGAGGACGCGUCAAAUUCGAAGUUCCCAAGAUUCGCUCGUCGCCGCGUUUCACCGUGACAUCGUUUCUCACAGAUAAUCGAAUAUUCCUGAGUCUAGUUUUAAUCGGACGAAUGUUUCGCUCCUUUUUUUCUUUUUCUCCUUUUGUUGCGUGAAGCUCAAUCGAUCGUGUGGCGAUUUUAGUUUGAGCCCGCGUCGUGUCUGAUUCGAUUCAGUGGUUCGGCUUCGCCCGAACGAUCGUGGGAGAACCUCGUGGCUGCGCCCUGUGCGACAGUCAACAUGUCAAUUUGACAGAGGACCUUGUGAGAAAUAUAAUAUACAAGAUAUCGAGUCAGUUACUUUCCUCCUUAUUGAUGCAGACUUUUUAAUUUCUUCUUAAUAUUUUUGCCAACGCUCUCGACGCGGUUUAUUUUCACAAUAAACGAGACCCAUCGAUGAUCGAAGAACGAAAAGGGCUCAGACAUUGCGCACCGAUCACGAACAGAUUUCGCGACACUCGAUAUUACGCGACAUAGCGAUUAUUCUAUUCUGUAACAUUACGAGACAUACAAAGCGAAUAUAUAAAUUAUAUAAAUAAAAAAAAUAUAUAUAUUGUCAAUGUGUCGUUGUAUGGUAUUCUACGUGUAUAAAAUAAUAACAGUGCAAGAAAAAAGAGAAAUAAGUAAAAUAAAGCGUAUAUUAAAUGUUGUUUGUUAGCGAAUGAAUCGAGUAUUACGAAAUCGUGCUAUAUUGUGUCAUCUAAUUAGACAAUAUUAUAUGUAUCUUGCAUAUAGGCACUUGAGUAAUCUAUUUGAGAACUAUCUCGUACGUCGAUGUUAUAUCUAAAUAUUUUCAUUGUAAUCUAGGUCACCAAAUACAACUGUGGAGGGCAAAAAAAGAA